GAGGAGGACGAAGCGGAGGACGACAGCGACGACCAGAAGGGGCCCGAGAGAGGGGGCGAGCGACCGAGCGCCGCGACGCGGGAGUGAGGUGCGUGCGGGCUGCAGCGCAGACCCCGACCCGGCCCCGCCGAGAGCGUCCUGGGCGCGCCCUCCCGCCUUCCCUUCAAGCCUCCCUUUCUCUUCAUCCUCGUGAGCGAGGGACUGGGAGUGGCCAUUCGACGACAGGUUAGCGGGUUUGCCUCUCACGCCCCCAGCCUAGCGUCGCCGAGUUGUGCCGACAGCGGCCUCCUCUGGGGACCGUCCCCCUCCCGGUGCCGCCUCCGCCUUUCCUGUGCGCUCCUUUCCCUCCCUCUUCCCUAUUCAAUAUUAUUUGGGAAUUGUUUAAAUUUUUUUUUUUAAGGGAGGUUGGGAGGAAUCGGAGUUGCGGAGAAGCAGAGGGACUCUGUGUGGUGUAAAGGAAUUCAUUAGCCAUGGAUGUAUUCAUGAAAGGACUUUCAAAGGCCAAGGAGGGAGUCGUGGCUGCUGCUGAGAAAACCAAACAGGGUGUGGCAGAGGCAGCAGGAAAGACAAAAGAGGGUGUUCUUUAUGUAGGCUCCAAAACCAAGGAGGGAGUGGUGCAUGGUGUGGCAACAGUGGCUGAGAAGACCAAAGAGCAAGUGACAAAUGUUGGAGGAGCGGUGGUGACGGGUGUGACAGCAGUAGCCCAGAAGACAGUGGAGGGAGCAGGGAACAUUGCAGCAGCCACUGGCUUUGUCAGAAAGGACCACUUGGGCAAGUUCAUUACCAAAUACAUGUUUGUGGGAACUGAGAGACUUAAAAUACAUACCAACCAGAGAUCAUACUUUUGAGGUAAGUUUUAAAAUUCUGAGAAGAAUUUUGACUGAAUGUUUUUGACAAAUACAGGACACAAAUAAGAUUUUACCAAAGAUAUUAUAACUUUCAUUUUAAAUAUGGAACUAAUACAAUAUGAGGUGUCAAUGAUGAAAUUUUACAAAUGUCACCACUACAACAGCAAAAUAAUUUUUGCUUUUUCCCUGCCACAAUGGCCUCCUUACUAUUUCUUGAACAAGUCAAGCCUACCCUUGCCCUGACACAUUUUUGAGGAGGCCUGCUCUAACCUAUGUAAAAUUGUUGCCCUCCUCACCUCUGGUGUGCCAGUCUCCCGAGUCUUUUUUUCUUUCUGUUUUUCUUUUUGCCAAAGUGUUCAUCACCUUUAAAUACAAUAAAUAAUAUGCUUACUUUAAUGUAUGUUGUUUAUUUUAUUUUUCCCUUCUAGAAUGUAGGCACCAUGAGAGUGAAAUAUAUUUACAUUUUUCACUGAUAGUUCACAAGUGUCUAGGGGAGUUUCCAACUUAUACUGGACAAUUUACAAACAUUUAUUAAAUUAAGGAGGGUAGGAAGAAAGGAAAUAAGUGAGUAAGCAGAAUGACUUUUAUUUCUGGGUGUUUUAUAAUCAUAUGCUUAGUAUAAGAACAGUGCUAUUCAGCUAUCCAAUAGUUCCAAUCAAAAUGAUUUUGCAUGAAUAUCUUGAAAAUUGUGAGAAAGAAGUUUUAUUUGCUGGCAAACUAUUCUGAGUUGUUUCCACUUCAUGAUCCUAGGUAGCCGUCUUACCUUGAUAGCCAUUAAAACAUUGAUAAUAAAAAGGUAGAACAAAAAUAUCUGUGAUAUAUUUAGAUUUACUACAUAUAGUUACAUGUCUCUUGUCUGUUGUGAUGGAUGCUAAUUAUGGCAAAUCCUGACUGGGCUUCUAGUGAAGUUUUUCGGCCAAUGCUUGAAUGCAUUGUUGGUUAUGAGGGUACCCCUUUGUACGAAAUAUGCUUUUCAAAUGAUCUUAUUAGGGAUAAUAAUAAUUUUAAUUCCUGGUUUUCAUCUAAAACUAUAAUUCUAUUUACAGCUUUGUAAGGUUUCACAAGUUAAGAGGGACCUCAGUUCAAAAUAGUACAUAGUCAAUUAACCAGUUUUGUGUCUCAGACCCUUUUCACAAUCUGAUAAAAGCUAUGGACCCUCUUCCCAGAAAAAAAGUGCACUCACAUACACACAUCAAAGGGCUUAAUGGGAAGUCCAUUGACCGACCCUCUGUUCAGAGCCCAUGAUUUAGAUCAGUCUUUUGAUUGUACAGAUGAGGAAACUGAAAUCUACAGAGGAAGUGGGUAGUCAAGAUUGCACAGUCAGUUGGAAUAGACUGGAUAACAAUAGUACUUUUCUACCCAAGAUAUCACUUCCCCAAGCGCUUCCUCAAAACUUACCUUUCUUUGGAUCUUUAUACAUUGAAUUAUGGACAACUAGAUUUAACUAGAGAAUUUUAUUGAUUAUAUUUUAAUAUUCAAUUUUAUUGAGAAAAGUAACAAGGGAAACAUGUACCAUCCUUUAUUCACCUGCAUUUAAGGCAUACAACAUAAAUUGCAAAUGGAGCAUGAAAGGGCUUCAUCUUUUACAAAACUGGGUUUGCCUUCCACCCUUCUAAAAAAUGCCACAUUUAUCUUAGUAUUUAAAGCAGAAAUCUAAAUGAUGUGACAAAAUUAAGAGAUAUUUAGAGAUAUUUCCCUUUUGGGUACUAUAGUUUCUUACUGAUUUCUAAUAUGAAAAUGAAGGCAUAAAAGCUAGAAAUUAGAGCAUAGUUGUGGAAAUAAACAUUGGACUGGGAGUGAAAAUGGCUAGUCUUUAUCUCUGCUCAUACACCACCUGCCUGGAUAACAUUGUGCAGAUCUUCUAAAACUCUCACAUAUAAUGAGGAAGCUCUACUAGAAAAUUGUUAAAAGUCCAAUUUAGCAAUAAUGUUCUGAGUUUCUAUAAUAAUUCAAAGAAUACUCUAAUAAACGUCUGCAGUUGUGGCCACGUCUUUGGAAUGCUAAAAAAUUUGGAUGUGAACAAAAUGAUCCUGGUGAAUAGAAAUAAGCAAACUCUUUUGCUUGAAAUGCUUAUUAAUGACCUCAUUGAGAUACUCAUUCAUCACUCAAGUAACAACGUUUGCUCACACUUAGCCAGAAACUUGGAGGAAGAGGGAUGUCACAAGUAGGGGUACCAGAUGUCUAGCUUGAAGAAGUGGAUUAAUGGCUGUGCUUUAAGAUCAGGAACACUGAAAGAAGAGUAAUGGUACUGAUUUUCACUUUUCAUACCCUUUGAUGGUAUCUGGCUCAUCACCCUCUAGUUGAUGAGGGGAGAGAGCUCCUUCUCCCUUAUCUCCUUCCCUACCUUCUCUCCUCCCCUCACCUCCCCUCCUCUCCCCUUCCCUCCCUCCCCUUCCCUCCCCUUCCCUUUCCUCUUCUUUUUACUCAUUUUUGGUUGUGUUUUGUUUGAAACCAAGAGCUCUAGCAUCUCAUUUUAACUUGCUCUUUUUUAUUUGCUAAAUUUAUCUUUUGGAGACAUACUUGCUUUAGUGUACUCUAUCUACUUUUGAUGUUAAAAAAGAGAUAUUGCCACACAUACCUAAGUGAUUUUUUCCCCAGCUUUAUUGAGGUAUAAUUAAUAAAUAAAAAUUGUGUAUAUUUACAGUGUACAACAUGAUGUUUUGAUAUACGUACACAAUGCGAAAUAAUUAUAGUAAUCAAGAUUAUUAACAUAUCUAUCUCCUCACAUAGCUAUUUUUUGUUUUACGGUGACAAAAUAUAAGAGCCAGUCUUUAAGCAAAUUUCAAGCAUAUAAUGCUGUAUUAUUCACUGUAGUGACCACAAAGUACAUUAGAUCUCCAGAACUUAAUCAUCCUACCUGAAACUUGUACCCAGUGACCAAUGUCUUCACAUCUCCAUCCUCCCAGCUCCUGUUACCCCAAUUCUACUCUCUCUUUCUGAGUUUGAUGUGUUUAGAUUUGACAUAGAAAUGAGAUCAUGCAGUAUUUGUCUUCCUCAGCCUGACUUACUUCACUUUGCAUAAUCUCCCCAAGGUUCAUCUAUGUUGUGGCAAAUUUAAGUAUUUCCUUUUUAAAUUUCCUUCUUAAAUGGACAGUAUUCCAUUGUGUACAGUCAUCCCUUAAUAUCUGCAGGUAAUUGGUUUUAGGAACCCCAUGGAUACCAAAAUUUCCAGAUGUUUAAGGUCCUAUAUAAAAUAACAUAGUAUUUGCA